AUGAAUAGUGUGAAUGCAAGAGAAGAAGACUUCGCAGAUUUCAACGUACUCGAUCCGCGAUCAGAAUCUGCCGAGAAUGAUGAGCCACAACAACAGCAAGAUGAAUCAUCCGCACUCGUCAUGCCAUCAUCCAAUAGCAGCAGCCAUGAAUCUUUAUCUCAUGCCCGCUCUCUCCAUCAUCAUCACGAUGAAGAAGAUGAAGGCAAUCUCUCCGACAACAGUGUUGAGAGUGAAGGCUAUUCAAUUCUCCGUGAUGAAUCUGUGAAUGAUUUAUUGAAAGAGAUUGAUUCACUUCACCAACAACCCAUUGGAUCUACAAAGAAUGACAGCAAAUCUCCUAAACCAAUACUGAAGAAAACGACCCUUUCUCAAUCUGUAAAACAUGUCAACUUCCCUUCCUCAACACCUCCACCUUCUAGCAACCAAUUACCAUCUUCGGUUGACAUUUCGAACAAUAACAAGGAAAAUAGGGUUGAGAUGAAAAACUCAACCACAACAGCUGCUGUGAAAAGCAAAUCCAAAGUGGCAACCAUGGAUCCAUCGACUUCAACUGGCAUGUCCAUUGAGAGUCAAAAACAAAUUGAAAAGCUACUCAAUGAAAAUUGUGAUUUAAAGUUAGAACUUACGGCCUUAAAACGAGAGUUGCAGGCUACCAAGAAACAGCAAAAGAAAGCACACAAACAUUACAAGAGAGUAGAGAGCGACUAUCAAACCAUGAAACAAAAUCAAUCGGUCUUGAUGGAGAAACUCGAAGAAAAGUCAUCCCUAAUUUCUCAAUUCAAGAAACAAACACAAAAACAAAAGAGUGAAGAAAAGUUUGUUGAACAAGCCAAAAAGUUGAAAAAUUCCAUCCAAGAAGCAUCGAGUGUAUCUGUGCUUCACAAGAAUUAUCGAGACAAAACCUGGGAGGAAUGUACCAUCGAAUCCAACUCUCAACUCUCUCAAAUCACUUCUGAAUUGUGUGUCGAGAAUCAAACCGAUUUGGCCGAUUCAGAGCUCAAAACUUUCACCUUGGAACUCAUUAAGGAACUCAUUGAGAUGAAAAUCACCAUCAAUGAUUUAAAGAACAAUAUUGUAGAGUUGGGCGUCAAGAAGGAGCAAGAUUUUAGAGAGUGGUACUCGAGCAAUUUGAAGCUCCACCAAGCCAUUCAACAAGUCACACAAAGAAACAACAACCAACCCAUGAACAAGCAAUCUUGGAAAAAGUAA